UCUGACUGACAGUCAGUUGGUGCUCGAACGCGAGACAUGGAGGUGCAGCGCCGACGUUAACCUUGGCCAUGGCAGGUCCGGCGGUCUAAGAGUGAUGGCGACGACAAAGCUGCUGGCGGCGGCGCUGAUCUUCGGCGCCGCAGCCCUCGCCGCCCACGAGCAGACCCUCGACAUUGGCAGGGCCAUCAACCUCUUCUCGCGCUACGGAUACCUCACCAUCAGCAUGCGCGUCGUGCCGCGCAACGACAGCGAACGCUGGCUCUUCAGGGAACCCACCGUCGAGAUCUUCAAAGAGGUCAAACCUGAGGUAUUCAAGUCGCGCAACGGGCGCAAAAUCGCGAGCGAUGACGACCAGAAGGUGGUGUUCCACGGCGACUUCCACAUGGAGUUCUGCGACAACGUGCGGCAGUUGUUCCACGCGUACUUCCGCGACUUCAACAUCGAGAAGUUGGACAAGCCGUGGAAGGCGUUCACGGGCAGCUGGAGCUCGGCGGCGGCGGCCCGCGAGCUUGGAAUUAACGCGAGUUUUGUCACCGCGCAGAGCGGCCACAGCUUCAUCCUGGUGCGUGUGUCCCGAUGGCGGGACAGCGGCCGCAUGUCCGCCUCCUCCAACCAGCUGCCCAUCGGCGCCGUCGCCAAGGAAAUCGAGAACGUCAAGAUCGGCGACGAGGCCAGCGUAGUCAACUUUGUCAAGAGCUACGGCAGCCACUACGUCCACUCCUUUGUCACCGGCAACGCGCUCUAUCAGGUUUUCGUCUACACUCCCUCAGUGUACGCCACAAUCAAAGAACGCUUGAAGACCAAAGGCAUCUCCGAGUUGUCCUCGUUUGAGCUCGGCGGCUACUUCUCACCCUGGCACGCGGUCCAGAUGGGCAAGAUCAUGUCGGCCAGCGGAAACCGGACGGUGACGGAGUGGGCCGAGAAAAAUCUGCUCACCUCCUUUUACUUGUACACCUUCCCUUCGCUGCUUCGACUGCACGGCGACGCCGAAAGGCUGAGGCAACUUGACGAGAUGCUGCUCAACGAAGCUGUGCUGCAGCUCGACCUGCGGACGGUGACGCCUGUUUUCAAAGAGCCAAAGCAGAAGUACUUUUUUGAAAAGACCCUGGACAACCAGAUCAAACUGUGGGAGUCCAACAUGUAGAACUACUGUUGUGCCAUGAACACUUUGACUAGUGCUUUAUUUAUCGACAGAGCAGUGCUGUGAUAAAUCUCCAUAAUUUUAAAUAACUUUUCACUCAAGCCAUAUGAUGUAAUUUAAAUAAUACACCGAACAGUUUUCUGGUAAAAAAAAAUUGGUUUAUUUGCGCCGUCUUUUUCAUUCAAACGCUCUAUUCCAAAGUAGGUUAAUGUCAUAUAUGAACCCAGGAUCAACCAAUCAAGAUUAUUCAAUUAGCAAUUGAAUUAAUGCUUCUGUGUUAAAAUAUUGAAAGUGUUAUUCCCCAUCCGCGGCGCGGUUGUUUUUCCCCCUCAAGUAAAAAUCAGUGCAAAGCUUGAACUUUGGCACAGUUCGUAUAAUUUUAUGAAGCGCGCUUUGAGUAAUUGCAGUUGAUUUUAUGAUGCUGACGUGUUAUCACAGAUAUUACAUAAAAUUAAGUGCGAUCGACUUCGGUAUGCUAUAAAAAUAAAUUAGGAUUUCUUUCUCUAGACAAAAUUUUUUGAAACAACUUUUGAGUUUAAUUUUUUUAGAAGUGUGCCAGUUCUGGACUGUUUAGUGUUCUAAAUAAGCUCUAAUUAUAAUUUGCGCUUAUUUGUUAGUGAGAUCAUUUUAGUCAUAAUUACGGAAAUUACUGUGUUAGACAAGCGCUUAUUGUUAGGGUCAGAGAAUCAAGAAGAAGGUCCACUUUGGGCUGCGCUGGAAACCUGAGUGGAAACAGUGGUGCAAGCAUGGUGUUCUCGACUUAAUCUUCUGCCGUUGACAGCAAGGACCAAAGGUGUGGCUACCCUGAUCGAGUUGAAAUCAAAGGUCUGGAAAAAAUUCCAAAGAAAUUUAAUUAUUUUUAUAAUGGUGCUUCUUCAAAUUCUCAUAGUAGCUUUUUAAAUAAAAUAAAAUUUAAACAUAAUUAUAACAAAAAAAUUUAAAACAAUACCUUGUCUUUGUAAUGGAAACACACUUUGCUGAC